UCAAAAGUCAUUUCGCUGUGAAGAAACACCCAUCGGAGUUGAACUUUCGGGUAGAAGCCUAACGAAUAUAGUUACUAUAAAAUCGUUGUUUCUGAGCGAUUGCUGUUUAUUUCUCGGUGACGGCUCAAGUCUGUCGUGCGAUCUUCCGUUUUGAGGUGCAUCAUAUCCGCGAGUUUAAAAUUCGCAUUUUUUUCUGCGGAACCCACCGCGACAGCGCUUUUAUGUUGCGAUCUUUCGGUUUCGCGUUCGUCGCUUGUGAGUCGGGGUGAGAAAAUCGCUUCUACUUCAACUGAUUGCUGCAUACAAUUGGCUGCCGGUAGUGCCAAGAUCGACAAACGAGCGCCAGACGAGCGACGGUCAGCCAAGUGGAAACUAGUAACUAGUCGUGUCAGUGCUGUUUUUUUUGUUUUACGAACGACGAGCUUGCCUUUGUUCGAACACUUUUUUCACAAUUCCAAGAUUAAGUUACUGUACGUCGAAGAAUACUUUCCCAAAAGAGAAAAGACAUUUCCAAUCAAAUUGUUUCCUUGCAGCUCACAUCUGCAGUGAAGUGAAUUGUCAAUAAAAAAUUGAAACUGCAACAGUUCUACGUCCGCCAUUUUACGGAAUCAGCAGAAAACGGACGAACCGGAGCCGGUUGUUCUGGUUUGUGUAACAUCAGAAACGAAUUCACAGCUCGGCAAAUCUUUGUUGGCAUAAUCAACUACCGCAUCGAAGUGCUUCCGGCAAGCGUAGAAAUGAAGACGAUGGAACGAUCUUGGAAUGCACUGCUGGUGAUUUGUAUAGCAUUGUUAAACGUCAUUCACUGUCAGCAGAUAAUUCCUCCAGGGGUGACAGACAACCAGGGCGGUCAACGUUUGUUUCAACCGGCUCAGGAAGGUGCAAAUUCAGAAGCAACAGGCCCCGUCAAGAACAUAGGAGCUCGAAUCGAUGGAUCCAGGUCUUUGAGAAGCAGUUAUUACUCGACGGGAGCCCCGAGCGAAAGAAUUUUCGACCUUGGCUUAUUUGGAAGACCGUACUACGGUAAUCGGGGAUACUAUCCCGGCGCUGGAGGAUACUACCCUCAGGGAGGCUAUUAUCCACAAACAGGGGGCUAUUAUCCAGGUGGUGCCUAUCCCGGAUCGUCCGGUUACUAUCCUGGUUUCAAUAAUAUUGGCGGUAAUUCGUACGGCGGUUAUGGUGGCUAUGGAGGCGCCGGAGGCUACAAUGGAUAUGGUGGCUACGGCGGCUUCGGAGGUAAUGGCGGUUUGCAAUCCUAUUUGGGCUACACCGGUGGUAAUUAUUUCGGCAGUCGAAAUCUAGGCUACGGGUACUACUCCGGAACGAAUCCGGUCGGAGUAUCGAGCUCAAGUUUGGUUAGCGGUUAUCGGGGUUAUAAUUGAUAAUUAAACCGCUUUUUGUCGGGCGUUUAUUGAAUGCUGUGAGCUAUUGUGCGGAGGUUUUGUGGUUUGUGACAAAAUUGGUAUGCUUGUUUGUCUGUGUGUUUUGCCAAAUGUGCAUGAUCGUUCGUUACCAAAAUAGGUGCUAAAUGUGAUACGUACUUAUCUGUUCACUAAUAUAAAUAAUUCAUUUGAGACCAAUAAUUUAUUACAGUUCGUAGGAUUGAAUAAAAUCUAAUUUCCAAUACCAAAAUCUCAUCGCU